CGUGGUCAUUAUCGGUUAUAACACGCACCUAACGUGGCUAAUAGAUAAAUUGCGUUAUAUUUUAAUUUAAAGAAAUAAGUGAAUGAUUAUGAGUAUAUGUGUGCUUGUGUAAAUGUCCUUUUUCUGUUGAAAAAGUAAAAUACAAAAUUUAUUUGACAUGUCCAUGUGUUAAUUUAACUAAAUAAUAGAAAAAAAAACGGAGAGAAAAAAUAUAAACGAGUAGAGAAAUUAAUAGUUAAUAUUAAAUGCAUAUACGCAGGGAGAUGAGUUUGUUAAGGUUGGAAAUAUAAUAAGUGUGUGAGUGUGUAUUUUUACAUUAAAUAAUUAAAGUAGUAAUGAAGAGCAACAUAAUGAGAUCUUGAUGUUGACAAUUAUUAAAGUGUUAAUUAAUGUUUGGGUGUAAGGUUAUGCCAAGGAUAAUUGCCUUAUACUCAUACAACUUAAGUGUGUUAAAACACAUUAACACUUUUCUAAAGAGUGUUAAGAAAAGUUGUUGUUGUUUCUUUUUUAAGAAAAUGUCAAUGUUACAAAUGAAUAUAUAAAAUGUUAAAGAAAUAAGUGAACCUUGAGAAAAACCAAAGAAAAUAAAGAAAAAAACCUCUAUAUAAGUAAAUGCAUUUUAAUGUAAAUGUUUAGAUAAUAUAUAAAGGUGUUAGUUGAAAUAUGUACACCUGUCUGUGUGUGUGUGUCUAAAAACACACAUUACUAUUGUGUUGUUACAAGUGCUGUUGUAGUGCUUGUACCGGAAGUAAAAAGUAACACCUUCAAGAAUGUUUUGAAAAUACAGUACAGUAUGGGAAUAAUAAAAUAACAAAAAACAUAAAAACCUAACCAACCAUUAGAUUUGUUAUUAUAAAUGGUUUUUCUAGUUAAACUCGACGAACAAAGAAAGCAAAUAAAUAAGUUGUAAGCAAAACUAAUGCAUGUUCUUUAAAUAUUACAUGUCUUAACCACACUUAAGUGAUUUUUCAUUGAGAAAAAUAUAAGUUAAAAAAAUCUAAAAAAAUAUCUAGAAAAAAUCAAAUAAAACAUAAAAAAAUAGAAUUUUAAAAGCAACCCAGUAAGUGCAAGGUAAAAAUUAAAAAAAAAAUACAAGUACAUAUUUCUCCUUGUUCAAUAAGUAUCUACUUUAAAAGUGGUCUUUAUGCUAAAGAAAAAAACUAAAUAAAAUACAAAAAAAAAAAAAAUCAAGUGAUUUACUGCUAAUAGCACUUGGUUGUUUUACUGAGUUCUUUACAUUGAAACAACUAGUGCUUCUUAUUGAAAUUUCACGCUAAAUAUGCUUAAGUACCUACGACGACGACGAUGCCAGAGUGGCUAAAAAAAAUUUGAAUUUGAGGGUGGCGUAACUGCUGACAUUGCCAUUUCGGUUAAUAGCUGUUGGCAUGUAGAAGUGUAUUAGUAAAUGUGUGUUUCUUUUAAUAUUUGCAUAUUGCAAUUUUUUUUUUGUUACAUCUAAUUUACAAGUGUUGAAAACUUUUUAUGGAAAAAAAGUUCAGUUAGCCAAGAGCAGUUGUAAAACUACUACAAUGGAAAUUAAAUAAAUAAAAUGGCAAACAAAGUGAAAAUAAUGUUAAUUUACCCUGGAAUAAAAUAAACGUAAACUUAAUGAAAUUGUUUGAUAUAAGAAAAUUAAAAAUAUAUAAAACAAUUUCUAUAAAGUGUGAAAAUGUGUAUAGAAAACUAAUCUAUGUUUUAGAAAAAAAUAUAUAUGUACAUAUGUAAAUGUAUAGUCGGGCAUAACCGACCGUAUGAUACCAUACACCAAGCAAAAGUCUAAGGAUACAAAACUAAAAAGUGAAAAAACACAUAAAAAUAUAAUAUAUUUCAAUUUCUUUUUGCUAAAUUAACACAAUUUGUUUCUGUUCAAAAAAAGAAAAAAAAAAAAUAAAAUAAAAUAAAAUAAAAGUGAAAAUUUUAAAGAAACUAAAAAAAGAAAGAAAAAAAAACUAAAUAAACAGCAAGAAAACAUUCACUAACGGUUUAAAUCUUUGACAUUAAGCUGCAUAUAAAACAAACUAAAAAAAGAGAAUGUCAUAAUAAAACCAACAGCAACAAAAAUAACUAAAAAAAUACUCUAAAUGCAUUUCAAAGCCACAGACAUGCACAACAAACAAAUGUUUAGAAAGAACAACAUUGAGUAUUGGUGUAUGUGUAGGGCAAAAAGUGUUUCAGUCUAAAAGAGAGAGCUAGUGGCAGAAAGAGUCAAAAUGUGUAUGUAUAUAUGUAUGUGUAUUUGAGCAGAUUAAAUACAUAAGCUACAUUAAAUUUCUAAAGUGCAAAUCAAACCAACAGAAAAACACAAUAUUUUUAUCAUCAUCAUCAGCAGCAGUAAGUAACAACUAUAAAAACAUUCAGCAACAGAGGAUCAAAAUUGCCAUAACAAUUUUAAAGUGCAUUAAACAAAAACAACAACUUAACUAAGUACAAACAUGAAAAAAAUAACAAAUGUUUAAAAUCAUCUAUGAAAGUAUGGUUGUGUUUGCCAAUAAAAAAUGGAACACCAGCCAACAACUACGACGACUAUAUAAAUAAAUAAAAUAAAAAACAAAUACAACAAUAUUAUAAAAACAACAAAGCAAAAUAAAGAAAAACAAGUAUUCUGUUACAAUUUUUGUUUAAAUUUGUAUAAAAAGUGUGAGUAUCUGUGUAUAUGCAGCAAAAAACAACUACAACAAUACAACUGGAACUACUAUAACUAGUUAAAAAUAAUAACAAACAGAUUAACAACAACUAUAAAAAAGCCUGGUGAUAUGUGUGUUGUGCUUCUGUCAUUGUGCCAACAAUAAACUUGGAAAAGAAAACGACCCACAAAAAAGCCAGGGCAACACACUGUAGAAGCCACUAGUGCGACAAUAUAAAAUUGUGUGCAAUUUGUAAUAAGUGGGAGAAAUCACAAAAAAGUAUAUAAAAUAACAACCAGUACAACACAACGCAACACAACUUGCAGCGACGAAAUUUCUAUGAAGCGAAUAACAAAUCAACCUAGAAAAUAUAUAGCAACAGCAACAACUGCAAGGGAUAGAAACAAGAUACAACGAUUAAAUGAAAACACAGCAGCAAACGACAAAAAUAUUGCUAACACAACAACAUCAACUUCUACAACAGUUAACAGGAGCAGUUGCCAGAGACAGAGUAGCUACUCUACAAGUCCAAUUACGUGUCGUGCAACAGUGGCCAAAAUUGUCAACGUGACUGAUGUGAGCAUAGAAGUGAUAAAGGCUCAGAGGAAAACAUGAAAAACAAGAGCAAUAAAAUACAGCUUAAACAACAACAACAACAGCAGCAACAUCAUCAACCUCAACUACAACAAAUAAGAACUAAAACGGAACAAUUUGAGAGCAUACGACAUAGAAAGAAAAGAAAAAUCACCACUAAAGAGCGAUACGGUCAGCAGCGUCAGCAAGAAAAACAGACUUGCAGAAUAUUUGACAAAAGUAAACAGCAGCAACAGCAGGAAGAGAAAGAGGAACAGCAACGACAAUAUACAUUAGAAUUAUUUCGAUUUGUACAGUUUUUACCAUUUUUUAAAUAUAAUUCCACGUUAUUAUUGUUGUGCCAGUUAAUACUUUUUACUUUCUUCAGCAAUAUGCCCACACAAGCCUCUGCUGAUUGGUUAAUGGAUUGCGGUGAUUGUCACUGCAAAUGGAAUUCGGGCAAAAAGACAGCAGAUUGUAAGAAUUUAACACUAACAGGUGUACCGGAAAACCUUAGCAAUGAGGUGCAAGUACUUGACUUAUCACUAAAUCGUAUUGUAUAUCUGGAGGAGAAUUCGUUUCUUAAUGCUGACCUCACCAAUUUACAUAAAUUGUAUAUACGCAACAGUUCUUUGCAGCAUAUUGAUCCGCGUAGUUUUACCCAGUUGGAAAUACUGAUUGAACUCGAUGUUUCAAAUAAUUUGUUGCGCAUGCUGCAGGCCAAUUUAUUUGCCCGUUUGGUAAAGGUGAGAGCCAUAAUUUUGAACGGCAAUCAACUGGAGUCUUUGGGCGAUGGUAUAUUUCAAAAUCUCAAAUAUCUGCAUAAGGUGGAACUGAAAGACAACCGUUUAGUUAAGAUUGCCACUCAGGUGUUUGUAAAUGUGCCGCUGUUGUCGCAGAUCUAUUUGAAUAAUAAUCGUUUGAGUUUUUUACGCAAAGAGAGCUUUGAGUCUGUUAAGCGUUUGACGGCUUUGUCGUUGGAUGGUAAUCCCUGGAACUGCACCUGCGAAUUACAAAUCUUUCGUGAUUUUGUGCUGCGGCGUAAUCUCUAUACCCCACCCACCGCCUGCUACUAUCCCAGUUCAUUGCGCGGAAUGCUUUGGAUUGAAGAUCAACCCGAAGCUUUUGCCUGUAAGCCACGCAUUAUUUUCCCCGCCAAAGGAGCUUCCAUUAAUACAUCCAAAGAAAAUGUCACAUUAGUGUGUAGGGUACAUGCAUCGGCCAAUACACACAUCUCCUGGGAUUAUGGUAGUAAAUCCGUAUAUAAAACUGGCACUAGUCAAUUGGCUCCACCGCCUCAACAACAACUACAACAGCGCAUACAUAUACAAAUCAUUCAGGACGAUUUAUCCAAAGAAAAGGAGUUCGGUCGUAAUGUCUAUAUAUCACGCCUCACCAUCAUGGGUGCUGAAAAGUCAGAUGAAGGCACUUAUACUUGUAUUGCUGAAAAUGCCGGUGGUAAAGAUAGCGUACAAAUGACUUUAGUCAUACAAAAGGCCGGAGCACGCGACAUGUUGCAGGGUAACUUAGCAGCCGUUAUAUCCCUAAUGGCUUUGGGUUUACUCAGUGUAUCCGUAUUUCUGGCCAUGGUUACCUGUUGCAUAUACAAACGUUUUAUAGCCUCUGCCUCAGCACAUCAGCAUCGUCAUCAUCAUCUUGACUUAAGUGGCACUGAUCCCCUGACCGCCCAUGGCACUGUAGUGGCUAAUCAUGGUACAACCACAAUGGCCGGCAAUACAGAUGUAAUGUUGGGUGUUGUCGAUGAUACGUUAAAAUAUAAGAAACACCAUCAUCAUCUGCAACAGACUACAAUAAAUGGGGGCACAACUUUGAUUAAGGAUAAAUACAGUGAACUUAUAAAACAUAAUGGUGGUGGAGGUGUGGGAAUUGGUGGCGUUGGUGAUGAUAGCAUGGGUUCAGGCAAUUCACCUUUAAUGGAGCAAGAUGGCAGUAGUGGUGGGGGCGGUGGCAAUGGUGGUAGUGGGAAUGUGGGUGGCAAAAUAAACUGUGAUGUACAAAUGGGUCAUAUGGAAAAGAAAUAUUACGAGCAGAGUAAUGAUGACAUGCUCCAUAUAAAAUAUCCACAUGGUCGAGCACAAGCGGAAGUCAAUACAAUGGCAGUAACGACUACAGGUCAACAUACUAAAGGACGUAACAGCAACAAUAUAAAUGGCACAACCGUUGAGUUUCAACCCGAUUUGUUGCCAGCUUAUGCAGGAAAUAAAAUCAACAGCAAACAGCAAAAGCAGCAGUCACAUCAGGGAGAUCAACUGUAUAGUCCGGUUAUAACACCAGGUUCUACAACAAUCAACAAGACAAUAAAUAUGAUGGAGGACCAACAACAACAGCAACAACAAAACCAUAUUGUUACUGCCAAUACAACAACAACAGCAUUGCCAGUAAAUGCAAGUAGUCGCAGCAAAUAUAAUACCAGUGCUCAAGAGUAUUUACAGGCCAGAUUUGGUACAAUUACUAAAAAACAAACAAAAAGUCAAGAAAAACUAAAUACCAUCAAACGAGAAGCUCCUACCAUAGCAGCCUUGGCCACGGGCACAAGCUCAUUGACUGUAACACGAUCUUCCCCCAGUGCGGAUGUGCUACAACAGGCGGCCAGUCGUCAAACUAAAUCAUUAUUUUUACCCCAGCGUACCGUUUGUAGUGCUACAACCACUGUCACACCCACC